AUGUCAAAUGUCCCUAGAAGAGUUGGGCCAGAUUUCUUUGGCUAUUAUUCAUCUGAAGUAGUAAAUCUAUUGUCCCGAGAUGAGAAUGUUUUGCCUGUCACAACCCAAUUAUCUGAGCUACCACAGAACAACUGUGGCGAGGGAGUAAAGAACCUUGUUAAUCAGAGUUAUGAUUUUUCUGGUCCAUUAUAUAGCAAUGUUGUUGGAGCUGGGCUAUCGGACUUUGAAAAGGACAGAUUAAAGUCACUGCUCAGACAGAGUGCAGUUACUCUUUCAUCAGAAGUUGACGAGGUGGUGGGCCCUGUUUUCAAUAUGUACCAUUUGCAAUCUAGCCUAAGAAAUAAAACACAUUCCUUGAAUCUUUCAACAAUGACGACAUCUGAAGAUUCACUGCAAAUUCCUUCUAAAAAGCAAAAGGUGUCCUCACCUCCUUCUUCAGCUAGGCCUGAUCCUCAUGCACAAAAUAGUGAUGUCAGUCCACAAAGCAGUAUGAAGGAAAGGAAUGAUCUUCAGUUCCUGAUGGAGAAUGAUAGUGUGGAGGUUGAUGAGAUGGUGAAAAUAUAUUCCGAUGAACUCUCUGGAACACUAGGGUAUAUGGAACAAGAACUUGAGAUACUUCUUGAUGCAGUUAUGUCAAAGUGCAGGCCAAUGGCCCUUGUUGAGAAACAGCAGCUACAGAGAUUAAUUCAGAGGCUACCUGCAGAAAAUCUUGACCGCGUAGUGGAGAUAAUUUGUCGAAGAAGGCCAGCAGAAGAACAAAGUUCUGACAAAAUAUUUGUUGAUUUGGAAAAAGAGGAUAAUGCUACACUGUGGAGACUUUAUUACUAUGUUGAAGCUGUUGAGAAAGCCAAAAGUCUUUCUUGUAGUGAAGAGGUAUAG